GCGGUUAGGUGAGGGAUGGCGGGAGUUAUAGUUCACUCAUUGGAAGCUCAUGGGCUCACCCUCAAUAGGAUGCGCGAGGGCAGGAAGUGACUUCUCGGGUUCCCGCGUCAAAGAAAACCUGCACCCUUUUUCUAGUAGAUGGUACAGUCCUCGCUCAGAAGCGGGCGGUUCCAUUUCCGGGAGAGGGGGGCACGAGAGUAAAUGGAGCCGCUGCCUCGCCUCGUGAGAAGCGGCUCAAUUCGCCACCUGCCCGUCUGGCGCAGCACCGGCUGACCCGGGGCGGGGGGAACCCAGCGAGGGCUAUACCGCUCUCCAUGGAGGGCGGUGGGAUCGUCAGGAGAAGGAUGCAGGAGCAAAGGCGGCGGCGGCCAGGCCACGGAGCGGAUUCGCCCGGCAGUAAGAGCGGAGGCCGGUCCCGCUUGUCUUCCCCGCCGGCCCGCAAGAAACUGAACUCGGACGAAGGCGAGGAAGCGCUGGAGAAACCGAAGCUGGAGUAUUAUGACAGUGAUGGUAUGUUUGCAGACUGUGACAGCUUUUCUGGAAGCAACUCUUUCUUAACUGAAAUUAAUGAUAUCGAGCAAAUGUGCAUACACUCUAGUAGGGAUGGUCUAGAUUCUGACAAUCUAGAUCUCAGCACUUCUGUACAGCCUGUAGGCGGAGAUACUCAGAUAAAGUAUGCCAAGAAUGUGACACAGGUGACAAACACUAUGAUUAGCUCCAGAAACAUAAGAGAAUAUGACUCUUUGAAAAGAACGAACGAACAGGAUAAUAGCUCAAAGGCUCAGGAUAGUCAUUUAGAAAGUCUCCCAUCAUCCCAGAAAGCAACGGUCAUAAAAGAAAUACCCUGUCAGAUGGAGUUCUCAGAUCUACCAUACUGCAGGGAUACAGAAAAUAAUAAAAAAGAUUGUGAAUCAGUGAGAAGUGCUUUGUUUGAGCCAGGUAGGCGAAACAGUCUCAAAGACCAUCUCAAAAGUGCGAUGGCUGGGAAUGCCAGAUCUUCUGCUCCAUUGGUUUCUAAAAGCAAACAUCUGAAAGAAGCUCUUGUAACUGAAGAGAUGGCCGUUGCAGAGAGAGCUGACAACUUGGCUUUUGUAGAUAUUGGUCCUUUCUAUGGCUUACCCACCAAAGUCAAGGAGCUACUUCUACAUAUCAGAGGAAUUGAGAAACUUUAUGACUGGCAGCAUGAUUGUUUAAUGUCUGAAUUCCUGCAAAAGCGAAAGAACUUAAUAUAUUCUUUGCCAACCAGUGGUGGAAAAACACUUGUCGCUGAAAUUUUAAUUCUUCGAGAAUUACUCUGCAAACAAAUGGAUGUUUUAAUGAUCCUGCCUUAUGUGGCUUUAGUCCAAGAGAAGGUUGGGAGUUUGUGUGGUUUUGGAAUGGAACUAGGUUUUUUGGUUGAAGAAUAUGCGGGAAGUAAAGGAAGGAUUCCUCCAAUCAACAGAAGGCAAAAGAAAUCUGUGUACAUUGCUACUAUCGAAAAGGGACACAGCCUGGUGAAUGCCUUGAUAGAAACAGGAAGAAUCAAUGCCCUGGGUCUAGUUGUAGUUGAUGAGUUGCAUAUGCUUGGAGAAGGUGGUCGUGGAGGUAUACUAGAAAUGACCCUUUCAAAGAUUUUGUAUGCAAGCAAAACAACUCAGAUCAUUGGAAUGAGUGCAACAUUAAGAAAUGUUGAAGACCUUCAGCAGUUCCUGAAAGCAGAAUUCUACACAAGUAAUUUCAGACCUGUUGAACUAAAAGAAUAUGUUAAAAUACAGGACAGCAUCUAUGAAGCUGACAGCAAAGCAGAAAAUGGCCUUACAUUUUCACGUCUCCUUGAUUUCAAGUAUUCUAGUGAUCUGCAGAAGAUGGAUCCUGAUCAUCUUAUUGCAUUGGUCACAGAGGUUAUUCCAAAGUACUCCUGCCUUGUCUUCUGUCCUACUAAGAAGAACUGUGAAAAUGUAGCAGAACUGAUAUGCAAACACAUAAACAGAGACCUUAAAAAGAUUAAGGAGAAAGAAAAACAUACUCUUCUAAAAGAGUUAAGAAACAUCUGCAGUGGAAAACUUUGCCCAGUUUUGAAACAGACUAUUCCAUUUGGAAUUGCUUAUCACCACAGUGGUCUUACCAGCGAUGAACGGAAAUGUAUAGAAGCAGCUUAUUCCUCAGGCCUCCUCUGUCUGCUAACCUGCACAUCUACGCUUGCCGCUGGAGUUAACCUGCCAGCUCGAAGGGUUAUUUUAAGAGCACCAUAUGUUGCUACAGAGUUCUUGAAGAAGAACCAGUAUAAACAGAUGAUUGGCCGAGCUGGUCGUGCUGGCAUUGACAACACUGGUGAAAGUAUUCUGAUUGUGCAAGAGAAAGACAAAGAACUGGUUCGAAAUUUAAUAGCCAGUCCCCUAGAAAGCUGUUACAGCACUCUUCUGCUUGAAUUCAACAAGGGCAUCCGAAGCUUACUCUUAUCGGUGGUUGGCUUAAAGAUAGCAAACAAUCCUGAGGAAAUUUACCAAUUCAUGUGUGCAACCUUACUUAGUGUACAGCCACAGCUCCUACCUAAGAAGAAGAGCCUGCGGGACAUAACUAUGGAAGCGUUACAAUGGCUGAAACAAAACGGGCUGCUGAAAGAGAAAGAAAGCUCUGACAGUGAACAGAACUGUCAAUAUAAUCUAGGGAUCACUCAGCUGGGUCGGGCUACAUACAAAGGUUCAAUUGAACUGGCAUACUGUGACACCCUCUAUGCAGACUUGAAGAAAGGACUUGAGGGACUAAUGCUUGAAAGCUGUCUUCAUUUGAUCUAUCUGAUAACGCCAUACGAUAUGAUUCCUCAGUGUAGCCCAAACUGGAUGGUCUAUUUUAAACAGUACAGUCAACUAAGCCUAAUAGAACAACAAGUGACAAGCGUUGUUGGAGUGCCGGAGAGCUUUAUUACCAAAAAGGCAUCUGGACAAGCCAUCAAGAAUGAACUGGAUAGUAAUACUGUUAAUAGACUUUACUUGUCCUUCAUCCUUCAUUCCUUGUUAAAAGAGACCAACAUAUGGAAUGUGGCAGAAAAAUUUAAUAUAUCACGAGGAUUUGUUCAGACUCUUCUUAAUUCAGCGGCUUCAUUUUCCUCUUCAGUUUUGCAUUUUUGUGAGGAACUGGAUGAGUUUUGGGUUUAUAAAGCUCUCCUGCCAGAACUUAGCAAGAGAUUAACCUAUUGUGUUAAAGCAGAACUUAUCCCUCUUAUGGAGGUAGCAGGAGUUUUAGAGGCUCGAGCCAGGCAACUCUACAACUUGGGCUAUAAAACCUUAGCUCAUUUGGCCAAUGCAGAUCCAGAAGUUCUAGUCAAGACUGUUGUGCAUUUGUCCAGAACUCAGGCCAGAAAAAUAGUUUCAUCUGCAAAGAUGGUCCUUGCUGAAAAGACUGAGGCUUUACAACAAGAAGUUGAAGAAUUACUGAGAAUACCCACAGAUGUUCCAUGAGGCUUUUUGUUUUCCUAUAUGAAUCUGCAAAUCAAAAGAUUAUUUUCUAUCCUGAUCAUUGCUUGUACUUACUGUAAAUAUUAAUGUAAUAAAGCUUAUA